GAAGAAAAGAGCAAGGCCGUUCUCGUCGCAAUCUUGUGGUCUUCUGCAUUCCUACACCGUACAUUCAUCACCCCACCACGGGCUCAUUCCGCGACUCCCCUCCAGAGCACCGUCUAUUGGCUGCUUUGCUUCCUAUCGAGUCAGAUCCACGACAGCACAAGUGCAUCGAUACACGGGCGCCAUACCCAGACCGCAGCCAUGAAGAAGAACGACGUCAUCGCCAUCAUUGUCAUCAUCUUGUUCUUGGUGCUGGCCGGUGUCGCCUUUGGCAUUGCGACUCUUGUGCACCAGUUCCGGAGGCAAACAGACGGCUCGCACAGUGGAAGCAGCGGCAGCAGCAGUAGCAGCGAUGAUUAA